UUUUAUCAUUACUUUACAAGCACUUAAUUGAGAAGGAUUUCAUUUUGACAAUAAGAAAUCAGCUGGCCAAGUUGUCCAAAAAAUAUAGAAAAAGGAGGGCAUAAUCGAUGAUGUCAUACUCUAUUUUGUUGUAAUAUUUUCCCAAAAGAUUCUUUUCGAUAAGAUAACCUACAGAGGCACGAUGACAGAGAAUCAGAGUGCGUCAGCUUCUCAAGUUAAAGAUCCGUCUGUGAGUGUGAUAGAGAAACAAACACAGAGAAGGAUCUUUAAGAUAAUUGUUAUAGGAGAUUCCAAUGUAGGGAAAACGUGCUUAACUUACAGGUUCUGCACCGGAAAGUUUCCAGAUAAAACAGAGGCAACUAUAGGCGUGGACUUCAGAGAAAGAACUGUGGACGUGGACAAGGAACAGAUAAAGCUGCAGCUUUGGGACACUGCAGGGCAAGAAAGAUUCCGAAAAUCCAUGGUACAGCAUUACUACAGAAAUGUGCAUGCUGUGGUUUUUGUAUAUGAUGUCUCAAAGAUGUCCUCUUUUGAGAACAUGCCAGGAUGGAUUGAGGAAUGUGACAGACACAAUCUGAACAGGGAGAUUCCUCGUAUUCUAGUCGGAAACAAGUGUGAUAUGACUGAUAAGGUUGCAGUAAACACAAACCUGGCCCAGAAGUUUGCCGAUUCUCACACAAUGCCUCUGUUUGAGACAUCAGCAAAAGAUGAUGAAAAGGCAAACCAUAUUGAUGCUAUAUUUUUGACUCUUGCCCACAAACUGAAGAACAGCAAGCCAAUGAUGUCUCCAUACAUUGGUCCAGGUGGCUAUCCCAGCAAUGUUGAAGUGGUGACGGUGGGAAAAUCCAUGGAGUCGCGAGGUCUCCAGAAAAUGGCUGUAGAGGACAAACGAGAUCAGUGUUCAUGUUAACAAGUCAGGUGAUGGUUAUACCAUGCAGUUAACAAAAAGGAUGUUGACCAAAGUGGAAUCCACUUGAUAGUGUAAAUCAUUUACCUGGGUACUGAUUGUCUUCAAAAUUAUGAUGAAUUCUAACUUCAUGAUCAAAUAGUUUUCUCAUAACCUUAAUGUACUGUGCUUAGUCUGUAUUUAUCAAUAUAUUUUGCUUUAUAUUUCAAUUCCAUUCAUAGAUAGUGUCAAACACCUUGGUCUGUUGAAUGCAUAUUUCAAGAAUCAGAAUCUUUAUUGGUGAAAUGGUUGUUUAUCUCGUUUCAGUUAGUAUUUGUCACAUCAGUGUAAAUUCACCCAAAAUAUGACUCGAUGAUUUUUCACCUGUAAAUGUAUUAAUUUUUGUGGGUGUCUAAUUUUCAUUGUUUUCAUGGUACAGACAUAUUGUCAAAUUAUUCAGGAGCAUCUUUAGGAGCUACCAUUAGGAUGGACAGCUCCUCCAGCAAGAAAUCAAGAUGCCGUUUCUCUAACCACAAAAAAUUGACCCCAAACUACAAAUUUGAUCCUACAGAUAUAUAUGCUGCUAUUUGUGAUUGUGAAAACUUGGGUAAGGUGUAUGCAGAAUUGAACUCUGCAUUAGUACAUGUAUGUUUGUGUUUUUGCAGGUUAUUUCGUCAUGUGUUGCAUUUGACUCAAAGAUACAAACAAAGUACAAAAUAAUGUUCUUUGUUAUAGAAUGAUUGUAUUUAUCUUUGUCAUGCAUAUUCAAAAUAUUAUUUUGAAUAUGUAUAUUCAUUUCUUGAAAAAAGUGAUACAAAGAAAUAUGAAAGUUUUUAUCUGUAAAGUUAAAUUCUGUUUUCGUUGUAAUAUUAAGUGCUCCACCAUAUACAAGCAAAUUGUUUGCAGCAUUGGUUUCUAAUUUACAUAAUUUCAAGUUUGAACACUGUACAAGAUUUUUUUGAUCAAUCAAUGAAGCAUUCAAAUUUUCACCAUGCUAUACCAUGUGCUCCUGCAAGCUUUCAUCGAAGUAGUCUCAUUGUCUGUAAUGGUAAGUUCCAACAUGGCCAGUGGGCCUUGAGUUGGAUGAGACAAUUUUUACCCAAAGUAGCUAUAUGUAAAUGACCAACCAGUCACUAAUGUUGCUACUUUUUAGAGCAUAGGCAUUCCAACAUUACUGCUUUUGAUUAUCAUAACUCAGUAUUAUUCCUAGUUAUGUCUACAUUAUAAGUCACUAGCAUCUACUAGCUAGCUACGAUUGUUGUAUUAUAAACCCUUGUAGUGGUUUUCAGGAUAUUAAAGUGGUCAGAAUCUCCAAGCAAAAAUGAUUAGUUUCAUAUUUACUGUGCUAUUUUUAUGCGCCCGUCAUUAAAUGGGACGUAUUAUGUUAUGGCGCUGUCUGUGCGUCUGGCUGACUGUCCGUCCGUCUGGGGUCAUGUUUUUUGGACUUUUUUCCGUAACAAAUGCAUAUACAACUUUGAAAUUUGGUCACAAUAUCUCCCUCAAGAAUUAUAAAAGUGAGUGUGCAUUUCAGCUGGAUUGGUCUAUUCUUGACCUACUUUAAGGCUAUAAGUAGGUCAAACAGUUUUCCGGACUUUUUUCGUUACAGAUAUUGCCCUGAAAUUUCCACAUAAGCUUUCUUUCAGAGGAAUACAAACUCAGUUUGCAUUUCAGCUGGAUUGGUUCGUCCAUCGGUGACCUAUAUUAGGACUUAAAGUAGGUGAAAGUUUUCCAGGCUUUUUUUUUCAUUAUGGAUACAGAUAUUGCUCUGAAAUUUAGUCAAAGGCUUCCUCUUGGAGGAAUACAAGUUUAGUGUGCAUUUCAGCUGGAUUGGUCUGUCCUUGACCUACUUUAGGGCUAUAAGUAAGUCAAACAGUUUUCUGGGCUUUUUUUCAUAAUGGAUACAGAUAUUACCCUGAUAUUUAGUCAAAAGGCUUCCUCGCAGGGGAACACAGGUUCAGUUUGCAUUUCAGCUGGAUUGGUCCAUCCUUGACCUACUUUUGAACUAAAAAUAGGUCAAACAGUUUUCCUGGCUUUUUUUUUCAUUACGGAUACAGAUAUUGUCCUGAUAUUUAGUCAAAAGGCUUCCUCUCAGAGGAACACAAGUUCAGUUUGCAUUUCAGCUGGAUUGGUCCAUCCUUGACCUACUUUUGGACUAAAAAUAGGUCAAACAGUUUUCCUGGCUUUUUUUCCAUUACGGAUACAGAUAUUGCCCUGAUAUUUAGUUAAAGGCUUCCUUUCAGAGGAAGACAAGUGCAGUUUGCAUUUUAGCUGGAUUGGUGCACUAUGACCUACAGUGCUUUAGGGGUAGAAGUAGGUCAAACAGUUUUUCAGAUUUUUUUGGUAUGGUCACAGGUAUUGCUCUGAAAUUUAGUCACAACCUCCCUUUCAGAGAAUACAUAAUCAGUUCACAUUUCAACUUAAUUGGUGGAUCAUGACCUACUUUAGGGCGAAAAGUAGAUCAAAUGGUUUCCUGGACUUUUUAUCAUCAUAGAUAGAUAUUGCACUGACAUUUUGUCACAACCUCACUCUCAGAGAAAUACAUAAUCAGCUCACAUGUCAGAUGGAUUGGUGCAUCAUGACUCACUUUAAGGCUUUUCUAUUCAGAAUGUGUGUUGUAUCAAUUCAGAGUGCACAAUAUGCUUCCAGGUUGAAUUUCACUGUCCGACGGGCGUGUAUUGUACAGUUAGCGGUACUCGUGUUUUUUAAUAUUUAUGGCCCUAAGACUUAAGAUUGUAGGCAUAUUGUUUUUGGUCUGUCAUUCUCUUUGUUUUCUUUUGAACUAUACAUGAUAAGAGAUUUUCUGCUUUGUGAUCAAGUGAAAGAUCAAAGCUAUGCAUCUGAUAAAUGAUUAAAGGUUGUAUUUCCAUAAUUAAACAAGGUUAUUCUUAGAAGCACAGUAAUUCAUAAGUUCAUUUCAACUCAAAUAUAAAAACACACUAUGUUGAUAACUUGAUACACCCUCUAUAUAGUCAUGUUUGACACAAAGCACAACUAGUCUCUCUUAAUUAAUGUCUAUUAGUUUAAGAAUUAAUAAAAGAGAAUUGCUAGUCACUUAGAGUAAUAUGUGUAUAUUAAUUGUAAUUGUUGUUGCACUCUUGGUGAGUUGGAGAGAGAUAUUGAAAUAACCUUCUUUGUCUAUGUAUUGUUAUGGAAUGUUGGACCACAUUGAUGUAUGGAAUAUGUUGGAUGCUGAUACAUGAUGCAGUGGUUGCUUGUAUGACCAGAGGAGGUAUACGUGGAUUAUCUAUGGAACAGAAAAAAGUCAUCAGGUCUGCUAGUCUUGGGUUGAAGAAUCCAGAGAAUGUUAAAAGCUGGAUGAUACUAUGACACAGUACAAAGACUUGAGUUUUCUCAUGCAGGAGUUAAGGGAAUGUCGCAAGGAUUGGGGGAGAGGGUAUAUAUGUUCUUGUCAUUGGACAAGAACAGAGAAAUAGUAUAUUGAAUACAUUAAAAGGGAAUUCUCAUGAGCAAUAUGUAGGAGAAACCGGUUAUCAUACUGCACAGGGAAGAUAUUGUGGGCACUUUAAGACACUAUAAUACACCAGUUACCAGUGCAAAAAUGAACUCAUCUUACAAUGCGGUGGGGGUUCUGUCACAAGAUGUACGUUGUAACCUUGCACAUGGUGGUCAGUCUCAUUUCAUUCCUAGAAUAUAACCACAAACAUAUUUUGAUAUAAAGUCUGGGGUUUGAAUCUGACAGAUGUUUGAUUUUACUCCUGCUGCAUCCUUUUCAGAGAGGAAAUGCUCCAAAAUUGAUAGAACCACUGGUAAUGUAGUGCAGUAAAAUUGAUUGGAAUACUUUGCACAAAAUUUUGCUCUAGCUGACAGAAUCAUCUUUAUUUAUUGCCUUGGUCUUGAUUCAAAGCUACUAAAAAAAAUUUACAUCUAAAGAUGGUUUAUCAAAUUGCAGUUGAAAUGAAGUUCAGGUUUCCCAUUUAUAAUGUCUACUGUGGAAUGUAGUUUGAGUUCCAUCUCUGCAAUUUAUUUUUCUGUGAUCACCUUAUUAUAUUCAGGAUGUCUUUCAUCUAUGUUGACUUGUCAUUGUGUUAAGGUAUGUGUAUGAUAUAACUGCUGUACUUGUGGUAAUAGUUAGACAAAUACUCAUGUGGUUGGUUGCAUUACUCUAUACUGAGCGGCACUGUAUGUUUAUUUGUUAAUGACUAAUUUUGUUGUGUGAAGUUUCAUGUAUUAAAUAACAAAGUUUAUUAGGGUGCUUUAGAGGUGUGGGAUCAUACAUAAUUAUUAUAUGUUCAUGUGUAAAACACUAGUACAUGUAUUAUACAUUGAUUUAUGUUAAAACAUUAUUUAUUAUCAACAACUACGAUGAUGUUGACUGCAAGUUUCCAAUGUAAUCUUGUUUAUAUAUUUUGGGUUGAUGGAAAUAUUUGAGCAUUAAAUCAUCUUUCAUCUCCAUUAGGUAAAAGUUUUUCUAGCCAAACAAAUUUUGAGUCAGACCCCCUCCCACUCUUUUUGAUAGCCUAUUUCAUGUCAGAUUUAUAAAGGCAAAAGUACUUCUCAGCUGACACCUCCUGAGCAAUAUGGAGUUAUUAAGACUUUUGCUUCAUCUACAUGUUCCUAUAUGGAACCUCUUAGUAUUCAUCAUAUUAAAAGUAUGUUGUACGUAGCAUACGAUAAUAUAAUUUAAAGCUUUUAUUAACCUUUGACUUGUAUGUUCAUCUUGGUACAUUAUAACUUUUCAGUAUUUAUUUUCUAACACUCCAAUAUUUUAAUGUUUUAGGAAUAUAUUUGGAAUAAUACCAUGUUGUCGGUAUGUUCCUGUCCUUAAUGUAUUGCUUUCUUACUGAGAAAUGAUGGAAGGGUAAUACUUAACACAAAGGUUGAUUAUGGCCAAAUGGUGUGUUAUGAUCUGAUCCAAGGUCAAAGCCAUUUGUUUCAUUUGUAUGUUGUUUUACGUUUCAUUCCUGUAGAGACAUCACCUGCAUUAAGUGUAGUGCCACAAAUGUUGACCUAUGUAUGGCAAUCAGGGCCAACGGGACCUUCAUUUUUAAUUUCAUAUCAGAAAGAUAUAUUUGACAUUUACUUCCUAUGUCACUGGUGCUUCGCAAAGGAACAGUCACUACCUACCGGUAUGUUAAAAGGCUUAAGUUUUGCGUGACACUGGGAUCAAACCCAGGCCUUCUGGUUACAAAGCAAACAUCCUAUAACCACUUGGCCAUUGAUCAAAGUCAUAGUGAGAAAUGACUUCAGAUUGGGUGGACUAUAAUAUUCCAGUGAGAAUUGACUGUGAUUUUUAACAAAAUUGUUCAGCUGAUAGAAGACUAUCAGUUUGCUUGUCAGUGUAAGAUAUACAUGUAUUGUCCCGAUUAGAGGUACAUUAAUUGAAUAAUUUUGUGGUUUAUACUUUUCUCUGUUUCUUUAAAAGGUUAUUAUAAUGCACUUGAAAGCAUUUAAGCAUAAAAUCUGAUACAAUAAAUGUUGUAUUGUUCAUGGUCAUAAGAAUUCCAUCUAUUUAUUGUUGUGAAUAAAAUGUAAAUAUAUUUUAA